AACCCGCCGGAUACAGAUGUUGCACACGGAGGAAUGAUCAGAUGCAGCCAGUGAAGCUGUAAAAGCGGACACGGCAAUAAUAAUGUCUCUGGGUGACUCGGCUUGCAUUCACAAUGUGUUUGAUCCGUAUUCACAGAGACAUCUGUGCACAGUGGGGAGAUGCUAACAGGCUGCAGGGGAGCGGUGUGUCAGUGUAUACACACAUUCCGGCAAGAAAAGGCAGCAGCUGAAACACAGGAAUGGAGAUGUCGGAAAAUUUACAACCAGGGGCAGCCCAGAGAACAGGCCUUUCCCCAAGCUGGCGAGCAUAGGCUUUCCUUCUCUCGGCGUCUCGGAACAUCGUUUAUCCACGAUUUUACUCCGCCCUGAAUUUAAUGUUUUGGUUUUAUAAUUAACGCGCACAUGGACUGAGAUUGGGGCAUCGUGCAGUCUCCGGAAUCCCAACAAACAAGAAGUUUGACCCACUGCAGAUGGGGACACUUGAGUGAAAUCUCUGACUGGACAAUGCAUUGCACCCAGCCUAGCGAACAAGUCAAUGACCAAGAAAAUGGCAGAUUCGAGGAGAAAGCAACAAAUAUCAUUUUCAAGUGUUCUUCAGAACCGGUUUGCCCACUGGAUGUCAGACUUACCAGAAAAGCUAUGGGAUAAGUCACUCUGCAAUUUGGCGAUUCCAGGAAGCCAUGACUCGAUGACCUAUUGUUUAGAUUUAAACUCUCCAAUCAAACCUUCAGAUAAGAUUUUAAACUAUUUGGAUCAUGUAAUUCCCUGUAUCAUUCGACCAGAGAUAUAUAAAUGGUGUAGGACACAGGAAUCCAGUAUAAGUGAACAACUGGAAGCAGGUAUUCGGUUCUUUGACUUAAGGAUCGCUCAUAAACCAAAUGAUACUUCAGAUCAUUUAUACUUUGUACAUGGGAUCUUUACAACUGUAACUGUUCUGGAGACUUUGAAGGAAUUUGGACUUUGGCUGGAAGCUCAUCCUAAGGAAGUGGUAAUAUUGGCCUGCAGGUCCUUUGAUGGGAUGAAUGAGCAACAACAUCAGGGGUUAAUUCAGGAAAUAAAGAACGUAUUUGAGUCCAAAAUGUAUCCAAAAACCUCUGCUGAACUGGCAACACUAAGAAGGCUUUGGGAGUUGGGUUGCCAAGUCAUCAUCUCCUAUGAUGACAAUAUUGCAAAACAAUAUCCAGAACUUUGGCCUGGAAUCCCUUAUUGGUGGGCAGACACAUAUGAUCCUAAAUUGCUCGUCCAGUAUCUAGAAAACCAGAAACAGGCUGGACGACCAGAUGGAUUUUUCGUUGCUGGUAUAAACCUGACGGAAGAUUGGUGGUACAUCCUUACUCAUCUUCACAGCUCUUUGAAGAGACUGACUUUUCCUAACUAUUCAUAUUUGAGUGACUGGAUUAAGAAGCAGGUUGCAGGACCAGGAGAGCACUGUUUUAAUAUAAUUGCUGGAGAUUUCAUAGGAGCUGGCUACCUAGUACCUGCUGUACUUUGUCUCAACAACAUAUUGAUUUAAAAAUUGGCAAAUUUUACUGAAAAAAAAACUGGAAGGUAUUUUUGUAAGAGACCGUAAGAUGUCACCUUGGCUUGGUGAACUCUGUGCUGGGAAUUCAGGUGUUUUGCAUUGCUUGGCUGUAUCAACCUGUAGCCAAGUAAUGGCUCAAGGUGAGAGCUGCCAGCUAAUCAGGUGGUGGCACUGCUGGGACUACUGACAACCGGCUCACCCACCCUCCCCUCCAGAAAGAUGGGCUUACCUUCAAAGCUGACAAACCCUGGUGAAGGACAUUGGAAAUGGGGCCAGAUUUGUGAGAGUGGGGGAACUGUUUUUGCUGGUGUGGGCUUCCUUUGGGAAAAAAGUUAGAAUUAUAGAAUCCCUAUAGUGUGGAAGCAGGCCAUUUGGUCCAUCAAGUUCACACUGACCCUCUGAAAGCAUCCUACCCAACCCUAACCCCAUCCCCAUAACUUAUCCCUGUAAGCCUGCACAUUUUUGGGCUGUGGGAGGAAAUUGGAACACCAGGAGGAAAACACGCAGACACGGGGAGAUUGUGCAAACUCCACUCAGUCACCCAAGGAUGGAAUUACCUGAACCAGAGGCACUCACUCACCCCAGCCUGGCAGUUAAGGCCUCCAAGAUGAUUGGUUCUGUAACUCUCUACCAAAUUCUCAAUGGCUGCUGGAGAAGGAACAUAUGUAGGCGUUAAUCGGCCAAUGAAGUGGCUUUAACCAUGGGAGGGCAGGUCACCCUGACACCUCUCCACUGUGGGUAAAGUAAGCCACUGACAUGAUGCCCUACUUUACGCCCAGUCUCCCACUCCCUUCAACCUAUCCAACGAAGUGCAAAUUUCCAGCCUAAAUCUGUAAUUUGCAGUUAAACUUCAAUUCCAGGAAUUAAACUUCAUAACCUAGGACUGGGCAAGUGCUAUAUUGUUGGAUUUUCUGUAUGGUGGAUGAGAUGUUUAUUAUGGCCAAUUUAAGCUUAUUCAGAUACACCUAAAAAAUCCCAUGGCACUGCCCUGGCAUGUCCAGAGGCUUCCUGGCCAUCAUCAGUCUCCUCAAGUCAUAGAAUCAUGCAGGCCAGUAGGAGGCCAUUUGGUUCCAUUGUGUCUGCAUUUGCUUUGUGAAAGAGCUAUCCAAUCAAUUACUCCAAAGAAGAUUCUUUAGCCACAAAGCAUUAACUCUGUUUCUCUCUAUCUCUCUCCACAAUUGCUGCCAGACCUGACAUUUUCUAUUUUCCAAUUAAUGCCAUCCCUACUCUUUCCCCAUAAUCCUGCAAUUUCUUUUUCAUUUUAUAGAUUAUAUCCAAUUCUCUUUUGAAGGUUACUGUUGAAACUGAUUCUACCAUUCUUGAUGACAGUGCAUUCCGGAUUGUCAUAACUCAUUGCAGAAAGAAAAUUCUCCAUUUUCAUCAUAAAAACAGCUGAAAUGGUGAUUGCUGCAUUUCAGACUUUACUACAUGCAGAAAGAUUACAUUCCAUUGGAUGAAAACUUAAAUAAUAGGCAGCCCAUGUUUUGAUUUAGGGGUUUAAAAACCAAUGAUUGGCUGGAGGUUAGUCCUGUUGUUAUCCCAAUACAACAAAAUGCAUGACUGCUACACCAAUAUUGUGGUUAUUUCCUUUGCCUCUACAGAUGCUGCCAGACCUGCUGAGCUUUUCCAGCAAUUUUUGUUUUUGUUUCUGAUUUACAGUAUCUGCAGUUCUUUCGGUUUUUAGUUAAACAUUAAAUAUUAGCUUUCAAGUAUCAUGAGUCUUCAUCAGAACUGGAGCUUUUUAUAAUGCUUGUAAAAGGCAACUUCCUCUCCUUCUUUUAUCUACAAAUGAACAAUGUACUGAUCAACAGAAAGAAUAAAAACAGAUGCAGCAUUCGCCAACCAGUCAUUAUUAUCUCUCUUCCAGAGAUUCAUGAGUUCUCAACAUGUGGUAAGGCUCAGAAAGAAAUAUACUUGCCAGGGAAAUAUAUUUGAGAUUGUUAAAUAUUAUAUUAUUGCACAAUAGUCUUUUGAAACAUAAAACGCAUGAAAUAUCUCCUGUCCAUGUUAAGGUACACAGGAGAUCAGUGUUUUCCCUCCAUUAUACUGAACACAAUGAAUGAAAUUUUUUUAAUCUGAUGUUUGUGCAAAUAUCAGCAGCCCCACAGUAUGUGAUAUUCUUCACAUAUCAGCAUAGCCAGUUACUGAUGAGAGAUUAACUGACUGUGAGGUCAUUGAGUCAUACAGCAGAGAAACAGACCCUUCAGUCCAAGCCAAACAUAAUCCAAAACUAAGCAGUCCCACCUGCCUGCUCCUAGCCAUUAUCGCUCCAAACCUCUUCUAUUCACGUACUUAUCCAAAUGUCUUUUAAAUGUUGUAACUGUACCCAUAUCCACCUGUUCCUUAGAAAGUUCGUUCCAUACGCGAACAACCCU